AUGGCAUACGCCACAGGCGUCGCGCACUAUCAUCGUCUUCCAGCGAUGAGGACUGCUUUCAAGUCCCUCCUGCGCCGCAUCAUCCACAAGAUGCUCCGUCGUGAAGUCUGGGGUUACUGGUUCACCACGAGUCAUGGAGGCAAGCUUCUCGACCCUGACCUCAAGGAGCUUCGAAAGCCCUGGGCAGACCCUGUCAUCAAAGAGAACAUCAUGUACUCGGGACACCUUCUCCUGAUGACCAGUCUGUACGCUAUGCUCUUCGAUGACGACGAGUUCGAGAAAGAAGGCAGUUUGACCUUCGAUUGGAAUCCGCUGUUCUGGGGAAUGGGACCAGAAAAAUUCUCGUACGACAACCGAAGCUUACAGAAGGUCAUCUUCCAGCAGAUGGAAGACAAUGACUGGGUCGGGGUGUGCUGUGAGCCAAACGCUGUCUUCGUCGUGUGUAAUCAGUUCCCGAUUAUCGCCAUGAGGUACAAUGACAGCAGGGAUGGCACGAACAAUGUCGAAGGCGUUCUUGAGAAGUAUGAGGCAUCUCUUGUCGCAAAAGGCAUGCUAAACGACUCCGGACUGUAUCCGAGCUUCUUUGCUAUAAAACAACGCGCACCGCGGCCGGCCAGACAAGGUGCUCAUACUGCUUGGGCAAACGCGUACAUGAACACGUGGAACUCCGAAAAAGUCCAUUCGCUGUACGACAGUCAAGUCCUCGGGUUUUUGACGACGAUCGGCGGGAAGACUCGUUUGCAACCUACUCGCGUCUCCAGCGCAUUUCGACAGCUUGUACUAGAGAAGGGCAAAGAUCCCAACAGCGAAGAGACACUGCAACAAGCCCGUGAGCUGUCCCCUCAGUUUGUCAGUCCUGCUUUUCCAUUUGAGUCGGUCAAUUGGAACGGAUUCACGCAAAUGCUAUCUGAGCUCGGAAAAGAAAAGGAGCUCGGUGACUUGCUCGAGUAUGCAGACUCGUAUUUGAAUCCGACAUGGGAGGAUGGUGGCCUCUACUAUCCGCGAAAUGAUGCACUCAUGGACAAGGAAGGGAACCUGAUCCAUAUGGAACCACACUCAGGUAACUCUGGGAUAGGGUAUUCUCGGCUGAACGUUAGAGAUGGGCAGAAGAAGAUGUGGGAACAGCCUUGGACUCGCGAGACACUGGCGAAUCGGCCGUUUGUAGACGACAUCGGCUUCGCUGAUGGAGUGGAUUUCCUGCGAGGUGUCUGGGAUGCUGAGGCGCACGCACUGGUCGUCACUUUGAAGAGUUGGAGUGGACAAAGCGCCGAGGUUUCGUUCUCUGUCAAGCAUCUUAGGAAGGGAGAUUGGGCUGUUUAUGUUAAUGGUGGAUUGCAGCAUACGACAACGGUCAAAGGUUCGGGGAGUGUAGAUGUAAAUGUUACCGUUGGGAACGAUGAGGUUGACAUUGUCGUCUCGGAGAUCUAG